UGACGCAGCCGGAGCGUCAUUUGAGGACGACGCCAAAUCACGGGCUGACUGGGAUAUAAUUUGCUUGGCGAAAACGGUUCAAAUCUAAUAAAUAGCCAGCCACAGGAGUGCGAGGAGAUGGGCGAGAGGACGCCGAGGCUCUUUGCGAACAAUCCGGCGACCUUUGCCAACUCAGCCCGCGGCAGAGACGAUUACAGUCAAAUGGACACAGCUUCCCAUCGAGGCUACUACACACAGUAUGGUCACUGUCCCUCUAAUUUCAUGGAGGAGCGGCCCAAACAUCAGACGCUGCAGAAAGGCAGAAGACAGGCUUUCCGUGGGCCAGCGUACAUGUUUAACGACAGGUCCACAAGCCUGACACCUGAAGAGGAAAGGUUUCUAGAUGCAGCCGAGUAUGGCAAUGUCCCUGUAGUCAGAAGGAUGCUAGAGGAAUCGGAGACACUCAACGUGAAUUGUGUUGAUUACAUGGGUCAGAAUGCGUUGCAGUUGGCUGUAGCCAAUGAACAUUUGGAGGUCAUAGAACUCCUGCUGAAAGUCGACAAUCUCUCUCGUGUUGGUGAUGGUUUAUUAUUGGCCAUCAGUAAGGGAUAUGUGCGAAUAGUAGAGGCCAUCUUGAACCAUCAUUUAUUUGCUACUAAACAAAUGCUGGCUGUGAUCCCAGAGCAAAAUCAACCAGAGUACAUUGAUUUUUACGCCUAUGAUGAAGACGGUACCAGGUUUUCUCAGGAUGUCACUCCUAUUAUCCUGGCUGCCCACUGCCAAGAUUAUGAGAUAGUUCACAUCCUAUUGAGGAGGGGGGCCCGGAUUAAUCGGCCACACGAUUAUUUUUGCAAAUGCAAAGUGUGUACUGAGAACCAGCUGAAUGACUCCUUCAGCCACUCUAGGUCUCGAAUAAAUGCCUACAAGGGCCUGGCAAGUCCUGCCUACCUGUCCCUCUCCAGUGAAGACCCUGUGCUUACGGCUCUGGAGCUCAGCAAUGAGCUUGGUGUGCUGGCCAAUAUCGAGAAGGAAUUUAAGAAUGAUUACAAAAAAUUAUCUAUGCAAUGCAAAGAUUUUGUUGUUGGACUUCUAGACUUGUGCCGAAUUACUGAAGAAGUAGAAGCCAUUUUAAAUGGAACUGUGGAGACUAAUCCCAACGGUAACGAACAAUUUAGACUGACCCUCAGUCGGCUAAAAUUAGCCAUUAAGUGUGAAGUCAAAAAGUUUGUAGCUCAUCCAAACUGUCAACAACAGCUUCUCUCUAUCUGGUAUGACAACCUCUCAGGAUUACGUCAACAACCAAUAGCAACCAAGUUUCUGAUAGUGCUUGCUGUAGCCUUUGGGCUGCCAUUCAUGGCCUUGUGCUAUUGGAUUGCUCCCUACAGCAAGCUGGGGAAGAUCUUGCGAGCGCCAUUUAUGAAAUUUGUGGCCCACGGAGUUUCUUUCACGAUAUUCCUUGGCUUGUUGAUCAUGAAUGCAGCUGACCGGUUUGAAGGCACCAAACAGCUGCCCAAUGAGUCCAUUACAGAUGACCCGAGACAAAUCUUCAGAGUGAAAACUACCAGAUUCACGUGGAUGGAACUUCUGAUUGUUGCCUGGGUUAUAGGAAUGAUCUGGUCGGAAUGCAAAACAAUGUGGUCCCAAGGCCCAGGAGAAUAUUUACUGGAACUAUGGAAUUUAUUAGACUUUGGAAUGUUGGCCAUCUUUGCAGCGUCUUUUAUAGCACGAUUCAUGGCAUUUUGGCAUGCUUCCAAGGCACAGAGUUUUGUGGAUGAAAAAAUCAAAAUGGAUUUAGAUAAUGUGACACUUCCAACAGAAAUAAAUUACUACACCUUUGCUCGAAUAAAAUGGCUUCCAUCUGAUCCUCAACUGAUCUCAGAAGGCCUCUAUGCAAUAGCAGUUGUGAUGAGCUUCUCCAGAAUUGCUUACAUUCUUCCAGCUAAUGAAAGCUUUGGGCCUUUACAGAUAUCGCUGGGAAGAACAGUGAAAGACAUUUUCAAGUUCAUGGUUAUAUUCAUCAUGGUUUUCGUGGCCUUCAUGAUUGGAAUGUUUAAUCUUUAUUCACACUACCUUGGAGCAAAGAAGAACAAUGCAUUUACAACUGUUGAAGAAAGCUUUAAAACGUUGUUUUGGGCUAUAUUUGGAUUAUCGGCAGUCAAGUCUGUGGUCAUCAAUUAUGACCACAAAUUUAUUGAAAAUAUUGGCUAUGUUUUAUAUGGUGUAUACCAUGUGACAAUGGUCAUUGUGCUUCUGAAUAUGUUGAUUGCGAUGAUUAACAGUUCCUUUCAGGAAAUUGAGAAUGAUGCCGAUGUGGAAUGGAAGUUUGCCAGAGCUAAGUUAUGGAUUUCCUACUUUGAAGAAGGGCAGACACUUGCCGUGCCUUUUAACUUGGUGCCAAGUCCCAAGGCCUUCUUUUAUCUUCUUUUGAGAAUCAAGAAGUUUCUGCCUAAUCUUCGGCGAUGUAGCAAAGGACAGUGCCAGGAAAAUGCAGAGAUGACAAAGCUCAAACACAGCAAACGUUCAAGUGUUCAAAGUACUGAAAACAACAAUUUACAUAGUGUCAGAAAUCCACCAACACAGUACCAGAAAAUAAUGAAGCGUCUUAUAAAGAGAUACGUACUAAAAGCACAAAUGGACAGGGAGAAAGAUGAUGUCAAUGAAGGUGAACUCAAGGAAAUCAAACAAGAUAUUUCAAGUCUCCGAUAUGAACUGCUUGAAGAAAAGUCUCAUAACACAGAUGAUCUUGCUGAUUUGAUCAGACAGCUUGGAGAAAAAAUGGGACCCUAGUGCUUCAACAAAGCAUCCAAUUAUCUGGUUACCUUAUCUUAAGCAAUUCUUCAUCAAACCACCAACAACAAUAUUUGACUUUGCAUCUUAAUUUCAAUAGUGCCAAAUGUAAUUUAGAUUUGAAUAUUUCAAGAGGAAUUAAAUGCUUACUCACAGCAGUAGUUAUGCAAUAAUUUGUACAAUAAUAGAAGUUUUUACUGUUGUAUUGGAAAAUAUUACUUGACUGACGAAUACACUCCUCAGUAUUAAAAUUUUUAUAAAUCAA